AUGAAUUCCAAGCAUCACUCUAUUAACCCAGAGCGCUCUUUAUCACCGAAACCUCAACUGAAGCUCAUUAUUAGACUUCCUACAGAGGAUAUCCUAUUAAAAAUGAUAAUAAUUAUUUUUUUUUAAAAAAUACUCAUUAAUAUUUUUUUAUAAAAAUAGAAUAAUAAAUUGUGGAAUCUUAACAGCUCAUUCGACGAAUCCCAUCAUCGAAGAUCGUUUUAUCAUUCACUAAACAGAGUAAAAAGGAAAAAAGAAAUGUAUAAAAGUAACCAACUAAUAUCAAGAAAGGCGUCUGGGAUUAAAGAGCCUUAUAAGUUUCCACCUUCAUCAAAUCCACACCAUAUGAACUUCAGAGGAUUUUUCCGAAAAUUUUCUUUUGAUUCCCCAGCAAGAUUAAAGCGAGAAUCUUCAUCAUUUCAGCUGAAAACAGCACCGUAUGAGUUUUCAGGACAAAUGCUGUCAAAUGUAAUAACAACUACUCCAAAGCCGAUUAAAAUGAAGCUGACUAGUAGAAGUGAGUAUAGAGAGCUCAUUAAGUCGAAAAAUAGGAUAAAAAUAAAGCUAGAAAGAGAAUAA